UCCAUUUCUCUGGCCUGUGCUCCUAGUCCCCUUCUUGCUCUCUUUUGAGCUGACAGUGCUUAAGUUCAGCUCAAAAGCUCUUCUCACCCUUCGUCUGCCAUAUAUUCAUACGUUUUUGCGUGUUAUUUAUAAAGAAAGCUUCCUUCCCUUUUUCCUAAAUGGCAUGGAGAGUUAUCCUAUCUGUUCUCUUCUUGAUCUCAUCGAAUCUGCAGGGCGGUGCUGCUGGAGCUCCUCAAGUCCCUUGUUAUUUCAUAUAUGGAGACUCGCUAUGUGAUAGCGGGAACAAUAACGAUCUCGUGACUGAUGCGAAAGCGAACUAUCCUCCCUAUGGGGUUGACUUCCCCGAGGGCGCGACCGGAAGGUUCACCAACGGUCGCACCUUCGCAGACUUCAUUGCUGAACUCCUGGGGUUUGAUGAGUACAUUCCACCCUUUGCUACCGCAAACGGCAGUGACAUACUCCGCGGCGUGAAUUAUGCAUCUGGUGGAGCUGGCAUUCGAGAUGAAACGGGACAACAACUGGGCGGUCGCAUCAGCUUGAACCAUCAGUUGCAAAAUCAUUUGAUAACGAUCUUGCGCAUCAGAGAAAUGUUGGGAGCGGACGCCGAAACAUACUUAAACAAGUGCGCAUACACGAUAUGGAUGGGAAGCAAUGAUUACCUCAACAACUACUUGAUGCCAGACAUAUACCCCACCAGCACGCUUUACACACCUGAGGAAUACGCCGAUGUACUGAUUGAGCAAUACGAACAACAGUUGAAGACAUUGUAUUCAUAUGGAGCAAGGAGGUUGGCAAUUUUUGGACUAAGCGAGAUAGGUUGCGCCCCAGCAGAAGUAGCAGAAUAUGGGACCAACGGAUCUCUGUGCGUCGACAAGAUUGACGAUUUGGUUCUGCCAUUCAACGACAGGCUCAAGCCCCUCAUAAAGGAAUUGAAUGGCAAUCUUACCGGGGCUGAGUUCGUCUAUGUAAACACUUAUGGAGUCACCACAAAUACGGUUCCAGGCGCCUCACUUACGAGUCCAACCUGUUGCAAGGUCAAAAAGGAUGAUGGCCAGUGCAUUCCCUUCAGCACUCCAUGCCUAAACAGGACGUUGUACUCAUACUACGACGGAUUCCACCCUACAGAGACAGUGCAUUUGGAAGUUGCUGAAAUUGGUUACGCAGCUCUGCUUUCUUCUGAUGCUUCCCCUUUCGAUAUUUAUCGUGUCUCCGGAGGCUCUGAAGAAGGAUAUAGUGAGAGUAAGCGCUGACGUGUGCAUUUCAGUUCAACCCAGUUUCAGUCGAUAUGGAUCCAGUUAUUCAAUAGUAUCUCCAAGACAGUUCUAUAAAUAUCGAUCCUUGUCAACACCUUGUUUAUCCAAAUAAAACUUUGACAUCAUGAGGGCGUUUCAUAUUUUGUUGUUGUUGUUGUUAUUGUUGUUCGAGAAGUGAAACGUUUUGUUCAUU